UAAGUCUAUAUAACAUAAUUUUACACACAGUGGAGGAAGUGGUAAGUGAGAUUGGGAUUAUUACAGACAAAUAAAUACCCAUAAACCAAACCCACUUUUUUCUCGAGGAACCCUCGUUCUCCAUCUCCGCGUUGACACUCUUGCUCUUGGAUCACUGCUGCGAAUCCGCUUCCAUUUCACAUGUUCAAGAUUUGGUUGAUUCGCUUUUCCAAGUUUUUUUUGCUGCAAACUGUUCCCAGUAAAAGUUAAAGAAUUAGGACAUGUCUGAGUCUGAGUUGCCAAAGAAUGAUUCCGUUCAAAUUAGGGAGGUUUGGAAUGAUAAUCUUGAGCAAGAGUUUUCUCUUAUUCGUGAUAUAGUCGAUAACUAUCCCUAUGUUGCCAUGGAUACUGAGUUCCCCGGUGUUGUUCUUCGCCCCGUGGGCAACUUCAAUCACAUCCACGAAUACAAUUAUCAGACCUUGAAGGACAAUGUCGACAUGCUCAAGUUGAUUCAGUUGGGUCUUACGUUUUCUGAUGAAGAUGGGAAUCUUCCCACAUGUGAGGCUAACACUUGCUGCAUUUGGCAGUUCAAUUUCCGCGAGUUCAAUAUCAGUCAGGAUAUCUUUGCAAAUGAUUCGAUUGAGUUGUUGAGGCAAUCCGGCAUUGAUUUCAAGAAGAAUAAUGAGCAGGGCAUUGAUGUUAACCGUUUUGCUGAGCUCUUGAUUUCAUCUGGGAUUGUUCUGAAUGCUGAUGUGAAUUGGGUCACAUUUCACAGUGGUUAUGAUUUUGGUUACUUGCUCAAGUUAUUGACUUGUAGAAACUUACCCGAGACUCCUGCCGGAUUCUUCAAUUUGCUCAACACGUACUUCCCCGUGGUGUAUGACAUCAAACAUUUGAUGAAGUUCUGCAAUAGCCUUCACGGCGGAUUGAAUAAGCUGGCUGAGCUCUUAGAACUCGAGAGGGUUGGUAUUUGUCAUCAAGCGGGCUCUGACAGCUUACUCACCUCUUGUGCCUUCAAGAAGUUGAAAGACACCUUCUUCAACGGCCUCACUGAGAAGUACUCUGGUGUUCUCUAUGGUCUUGGCGUUGAGAAUGGAUCUGAGAAAUAAGGCCGCAUCUUGUGCGUUAGUGUAGACUUGUAAGCCAUGGAAAUCCCAUGUGGAUAUUACACUUGCAAAGUUGUUGUUAGUUCUCUUGAUUGCCUGCCUUUUUAACUCCUUCUCAUCUUAUUGUGUCACUGGAGGGUGUUGUAGCUUGAGCUUUUGUAAAGUACGUCAUACAUGUUGCAAUAACAGCGUCAUGCUUCUUUCCAUCUUA